AUGGAUUCUUCUCAGCAAGAAAUGAGGUCUAACGAGAAGAUAUCCAUUCAGAGAAGUGAACUAUUCAUCAUUCUGAAAGACUUAUUGAACAACGAACUAACAAAAACUCUUGAAGUAGUGGAAAACUACGUUUCCAAAAAAGCGAAUCGGAAAUAUUAUUUAUCGGAAGAAGAGAAGAAAAGUGUGUCCUAUUUGUUGUAUCGAUUUCGCACUUUAUGGAAAGAAUCGGCGAGAACAGAGAGCAGAUUUAGAGCAAAAAAUCAGGAAUGGUUAAAUGGUUCCAUUGUGUUCAAUGAUCAAAAAGCAUCAACUGCAGCAGCAAUUUUAUUUUCUAGAAAAAUAUUGUCACAUUUGAAUUCAGCGCCCCAAAAACCCCCGAGUAAAGAUUUUUGA